AUGGCCGGGCAGGACAAGAGGUGUUUGCCGUCGAUGCCGGCGUGCAACGGCGAGCACGGCGGCAAGAAGGCGCGGUACCAGGCCGUGGUGAAGCAGGAGCCGCAGCAGGAGGAGGACGUGGAGGAGGAGCGGGAGGAGGGCGAGCUGACGUCCCAUGGCGGCAGCCCGGGAGUGGCGGCUGCGACGGAGGCCCUGGUCGGGGCGGCUCCUGCGCCCGCGCCGGCGCAGAUCGACGUGAGGAUGGACGUGGCGCUGCUCCACUGCCAGGCCUGCUUCCUCCCCCUCAAGCCCCGCGUGUUCAAGUGCGAGACCGGGCACGUGGUGUGCGGCUACUGCCGCGGCGCGCACGGCGAGGCCUGCGGCCGCGCCGACACGCCCUGCCCCGAGCUCGACGCCGUCGUGGGCGCCACCAAGGUGCCGUGCGCGUACAGGGACUUGGGCUGCGACCGGUUCGUCGUGUACCACGGCGCGGCGGAGCACAAGCGCGCGUGCCCCUGGAUGCCCUGCUCGUGCCCGCAGCCGGGCUGCGCCUUCCUCGGCCCCCCGGCGGCGCUCCUCGACCACUGCGCGGCCGAGCACUCCCGGCCCAUCAUCCAGGUGCGCUACGGCCGGCCGUGGACCCUCAGCCUGCCGCUGGCGCAGCGGUGGCACGUGGUGGUCGGCCAGGAGGACCGUAGCGUCUUCCUCGUGUCCCUGGCCGAGUUGGGCGUCGCGGCCACCGCAGUGUCGCUGCUCUGCGUCAGGCCCGACGGCGCCGCGGCGCUGCCCGCGGCGCCCCACUUCUGGUGCAAGCUCUCGGUGGAGCACCCGGGCGGCGACAAGGACAUGAUGGUCAUGAUGGCUUCCGCCGUGGGCAGCAGCCCCCUGUCCGCCGGCCCGCCGGUGCCCGGGCAGGGGAUGUUCUUGGCGGUGCCGCACGAGUUGAUGUCCGGCGACGUGCUCGCCAUCAGCGUCCGCAUUGAUCAUCUCCAGCCUCCUCCUGCAACUGCCACUGUUGUUGCUGCUGUCGCGGCCAGGGCACCACCACCACCACAUGCCAAUGCCAUUGCCAGGACAACAGCGAGGAGGCUCCAGUGAAGUCACCACUCUGGUCUGAUCUUCUUGAUGACGUUGUGUAUGUUUUGGCUUCAUUCAUAUAUAUGGCCGGUUGUCAGUGCUAUGCGUUUGCCUUGGCUGUUAAUUAGGCUUGUUCGCCUAGUUUGGUCUGUGUCCAAAACCAACCAUAUCAAUUUUUUCAAUCCAUAGCCCAAAAAAGAAUUCUAUGUUUGUUGGAUGAUAGACAAAAAAAUUUGUAUGAGCAUGACAACUUGCCCUCUAGGGUUGGUUUUACUUUUGGACUUCACUAGGGAGCGGUGCCA